AUGAAGUAGUGCUUUUCCAUAAGAGAAGAAUAAACUAACAUUGAAGAUAUCUAUCAAUCAGCUUAGCACAUGAAUGCAGGACCUUUUACAGCUGAUGCUAUGAACUCUCCCAUGUCGACUUAGAACUAUUCUGGCGAUUUUAACGACAGGCAAUAAAACUAUUAGAAAAGGCAAAAUGAAAUCAAUAGCAGUAACAAUGAAGCUCAAUCAAGACUUAACUAUAGUAAUUCUAAUUAAAACAAUAUAACUGAUAAGUAAAGUCCUAAUGGUGCAUCUGGUAAUGGAGGGAAUAAAAUGAGAACAUCAAUGAAUUUCUUUAGGAAAAGGAAUUAAUCCCGUCAAAACCUUAGCAAGACUCAAAUGAGUUUCUUCGUUAGCUCUAAUUGUAAUGACAUGAGUAAGUCAGAGUUAGAAUUGAGAAGUCGAUAUAAUCUCAUAGGAAUCAUGAAUAAGAAAGGUGAUAGAAAGAGUAGAAAGGGAAAUUCUGAUACUUAGUUGGAUGAUGCGAUAGUUUAGAGUUCAUUUUAAGGAAGAAAUCCUCAUAUACUAGAAAUUUCCCCAAAUCGAGAUAUAAAAUCUUAAUAAUAAAGUACAACAUUCCAUAUGAUUCCAGAGCAAAACAAUAAUUUGAUUGGAUCUGCUAAUUCUGGAACAGCCACACCAUAAGGACGAAAAAAGUAGAAAAAUUUAGUACGAAAGUUUAUGAGAGCAAGUUCCACCAAUAAUUCUUACUUGGCUGAUCCCAGUAAUUAAUCAACUAAAGCUACAACAUAAAAUGGAAUUGGGUCAUUAUAACACAACUUAAACCCACAAUAGAUAGACAGCAAAGAUGGGCUCAGUUAAGUCCAAGGGCAUCCCUAAUCUUAAUAACAAUUCUAUACACCACAAACAAAGCUAGACAAUUAUAUUAAACCUAAUUUGGGCAGUUAUUUCGAUUUUAUCAACAAAGCAUCUAGUGAUAACAAUAACUUAGGUGAAAUAUAAAAUAAUAAAAUUAAGAAGAGAAGGAAAAUGACUUUGGGUAUUAACCCCACAAGAAACCCAUACAUUUGCAAUUCAGAUUUUAUGGCUACCCCUAAAAAAUCUAAGCACAAAAAUCUUAAGAAAAUUUUUGUUAAUAGCAUAGUUGAACAAUAGAGGCAAGAAAUUAAUAGGAGUAAUUAUAUAAAUGCAAUGAGUGAGGAGGUGAAAAAGCUGCUAGAAGCUGCAAAGAAAAAUAACUUUAACAGAAAAGGCUCUGCUGAUUCUCCCAUUUCCCCUUCUAGAGCACAAAAAAGAGGUUUGAAGCUUCUAGCGGCAACUAGAAUUAUGGAAAUGAAAAAUAAAAAAGUAAAAUCUAAAGGCUCAAAUUAGGACUGUGGUAGUACUGAGAGGGAGAUAAGAGAUAUCACAGUAUUUGAUAAAUGA